AUGUCGUGGCUCUUUGGGCUGAACCGAGGAGGAGGAGGAGGAGGAAGCGGCGGCGGCGGGGGCGAUGUGGGCCCCCCCGGCCUCCCUCCUUUGCCCCCCGCCUCUGGGGAAGGGCCGGGCGAAGGGAGCCGCCCCAAGGACAAAUGGAGCAACUUCGACCCCACCGGGUUGGAGCGCGCCGCCAAGGCCGCCAGGGAGCUCGACGCCUCCCGACAUGCCAAAGAAGCCCUCAACUUGGCACAGUUGCAGGAACAGACGGUGCAGCUGGAGCAGCAGUCCAAACUGAAGGAGUACGAAGCUGCCAUAGAACAGCUGAAAAACGAACAAGUCCGGAUACAAGCGGACGAGAGGAGAAAAACCCUAAAUGAAGAGACGAGGCAGCAGCAAGCGAGGGCACAGUACCAGGACAAGCUAGCGAGGCAGCGUUACGAAGACCAGCUACGGCAGCAGCAACACCUCAACGAAGAUAACUUGAGGAAGCAGGAGGAAUCCGUUCAGAAGCAGGAGGCAAUGAGGCGCGCUACGGUGGAGCGGGAGAUGGAACUUCGGCACAAGAACGAGAUGCUGCGCAUCGAGGCCGAGGCCCGAGCUCGGGCCAAGGUGGAGCGGGAGAACGCGGACCUCAUCCGGGAACAGAUACGGUUAAAGGCAGCCGAGCACCGCCAGACGGUGCUGGAUUCUCUCAAGACGGCCGGGACACUGUUCGGAGAAGGAUUCCGUGCCUUCGUUACGGACUGGGACAAAGUGACGGCCACGGUGGCCGGACUGACCCUCCUAGCCGUCGGCGUUUACAGUGCCAAAAACGCCACCGCGGUUGCCGGGCGGUAUAUUGAAGCUCGCUUGGGCAAACCUUCCUUGGUGCGGGAAACGUCCCGUAUCACCGUGCUGGAGGCCCUGAAGCAUCCGAUUAAGGUUGGCAAGCGACUCGCGAGUAAGGCCCAAGAUGCUCUCGAAGGCGUCGUUCUCAGCCCGAAGCUGGAGGAGCGCGUGAGAGACAUCGCCAUCGCGACACGGAACACGAGGAACAACCGGAGCCUGUACAGGAAUAUCCUCAUGUACGGACCUCCUGGGACCGGGAAGACGCUCUUUGCCAAGAAAUUAGCCGUGCAUUCCGGGAUGGAUUAUGCCAUCAUGACUGGUGGCGAUGUCGCCCCCAUGGGGCGGGAAGGAGUUACGGCCAUGCACAAGGUCUUCGACUGGGCAAACACGAGCCGGAGAGGCCUCUUGCUGUUCGUGGAUGAAGCCGAUGCAUUCUUGCGGAAGAGGGCAACGGAAAAGAUCAGCGAAGACCUGCGAGCAACGUUGAACGCUUUCCUGCACAGGACAGGACAGCACAGCAACAAGUUCAUGCUCGUCUUAGCCAGCAACCAGCCGGAGCAGUUCGACUGGGCCAUCAACGACCGGAUAGAUGAAAUGGUUCACUUUAAGCUGCCAGGGCUAGAAGAGCGAGAGAGACUGGUCCGGAUGUAUUUCGACAAGCACGUCCUAAAGCCAGCCACGGAGGGCAAGCAACGCCUGAAGCUGGCUCAGUUUGACUACGGGGAAAAGUGUUCUGAGAUUGCCAAGCUGACGGAAGGCAUGUCUGGACGAGAAAUUUCCCAGCUCGCUGUAGCCUGGCAGGCAGCGGCGUACGCCUCGGAGGACGGCGUGCUCACGGAGGCCAUGAUCGACGCCCGGGUGGCCGACGCCGUCCAGCAGCACAAGCAGAAAAUGGAGUGGCUGAAAGCGGAAGGCGUGGAGCCUGGCAAGAGCCAGCCUUUGCCUCUGGCUCUGGGGAAGUCCGCGUGAGGUGCCUUGGCGGCUGGGAGGAAGAGGAGGAGGAGAGGGCAGACCGUUGUCCGCGGCAGCAGGGGAUGAUGGGAAAGUGUCCUCUGGCCGUGGGGCCGCGGCCUCACUGGAAUCAUGUCAAAGAAAACAAGGACGUCUUACUGGAGGGGGCGGGAACGAUUCCAGGCGCUGGAAUAUCCGCUUCCUCGGGGUCUUUUGAUACCUCACCUGGAAUAAUUGUGUGCGUCUGGCUGUAUCGAAGCAGAUGAAAAUAUAUUAAAAGAGUUCCGUUGCCAAACGGCA